UAUUGCAGAAUUUGCAAAUAGAUUAGGCACAAGUUAUUCCAACUUAUGAAGCCUUCUCCCAGAAAUAUUUUAUACAAUGUACAUGGCAACAUCAACAGAUUUUACACAAAUCGAUGAUGAAAAUAACGAAGGAGAGAGCGAGAAAUUUGAACCAACCACUGUCUUUAAUAAACUUCUGUACUGAUUUGAAUACAUGGAUGUUUUCCCCAAGAGACAAAUCUGAACUGCCAUUUAAUACCGAAGUUAUAGCUAAUGAGAUUGAAGAAUGCAAAACAAUGACAGCCCUGAGAAUGGAAGGGAACACCCUUGGAGCUGAUGCUGCUGAAGUCAUAGCCGAAGCUUUACAAAAACAUCCAGAAUUUCAGAGAGCACACUGGAGUGACAUGUUCACGGGUCGAUUGAAAACGGAGAUCCCUCCUGCCUUGAAACAUUUAGGCAAGGCAAUCAUAGCUGCUGGAGCUGGAUUAGUGGAGCUUGACCUCAGUGAUAAUGCCUUCGGUCCGACCGGAGUGGAUGGUCUAAUAGAACUGCUGAAGAGUCCUAGCUGCUAUACCCUGAAGGAACUCAAACUCAACAACAAUGGUCUCGGCAUUGGGGGCGGAAAGAUACUCUCACAGUGCCUGCUGGACUGUCACAAGUCGAGCUGUGCUGCAGGCAAACCUCUGGCCCUGCGGGUGUUUAUAUCGGGACGUAACAGGCUGGAGAACGAUGGAGCCACUGCUCUCGCCGCAGCCUUCAAGGCAAUUGGAACCCUAGAGGAGAUCACCAUGCCACAGAACGGGAUCAACCCUCCCGGGAUAAGUGCCCUGGCCGACGCUAUAGCUCAUAACAAGGGACUAAAAAGACUUAAUUUAAACGACAACACCUUUACAGUGGCGGGUGCCAAAAGCAUAGCAAAGGUUCUACCUCACGUACAAAAGUUAGAAGUAUUAAAUUUCGGAGACUGUUUGGUGCGAACAGAUGGAGCGAAGGUGUUGGCCAGUGCCAUUGCUGAUAGUCAUACUAGUCUUAGGGAAGUAAAUUUCUCUGGAAAUGAAAUAAGCAAGCCAGGCGCCACGGCGAUAGCUGAUGCUAUGGAGAAUAAAGUGAACUUGGAACUCUUAGAUUUGGACUCCAAUCAGCUAGGAGAAGAUGGAGUGGAAGAGGUGAAGGGCACAAUGGAGGCUAUAAACAAAUCCGAUAAACUUGGAUCUCUCAGUGGAGACGAAGGAACAGAUGAUGAAGAUGAGGAGGAAGGUGAUGUUCAUGGAGAGGAGGUCGAGGCCAAGGAAGACGAAGAUGGGGAUGCGGUGGACGACCCAGAGUUACAAGUGAAAGGGAAGGCCAUCAGUCCUGAAAAACAGUCCGUUUCUGCCAAGGAUUUUCUGGCGUUCCCUUCUCCGACGAAAUUGAUUCAGUUAGGGACUGGCCGAGCUGCAGCACUGAAACAAGAGCUAGGGAGUGAUUGUUCAGAUGUGGACAAGGCAGUUCAGACAUUUAUAAAGGUUUCUUCAGUCGUUACUCCAGUUGAUACCAAGACAAAGGAAGCAGCGUGUGAUUGUACAGAUAAACUGUUUGAGGAUUUACUGCUGGACAGUACAGAAGGAGGAGCCUCAUUGUUUGCCAAUUCAUUGCUGGUCAAUAUGGGAGUAUUAAAGGGCGAAGACAAAAAGUUCCGACCGCCCAGCAGUAUUGUUGGCCCACUUACAGUUUUAGAGUACGCAGUCAAGCAGCCAUAUUUCCCAAAACAAUCUAGAGAAAUUUUAUCAGCAUUUAUCACAAAACCACACCCACUACUUGACAAGUCGGGACCGGCACGGCACAAUCUUCUUCAAACGCUCUUUAAGUUCUGAAUAAUACCGUUUUCCAUGUACUGGAAAGCCAUUGAAGAUGAGAUGGCCUUUUUAAACAGCACAUACCAGUGAACUGACACUAACACAUAGAGGGUUGACAUGUAGACCGACAGAGUCUAUGUAGACCGACAGAGUCUACCACGCAAAAUUUCUUUCACAUCUUUUGUGAUAAUCAAUAAAAUGUAGUGAUUGUUGAAUUUUUACUUAUUUGAAAUCAUUUUGUCAUUAUUGUUUGCAAAUUGGGAAAAAAAUCUUUAUUCUGAAGAAUUUAUUUAAAAAAGAAAUAAAUUCAAUUUUUGCUUUGAAUGAUAUAUAUCAUUUUCAUAAUUACUUAUCAGCCAUGUGAUCUAGAUUUUAAAAACAUUGUCAAACUCAGUCAGAUCCAUGAUAUUUAUAAUUCCAAACUUUGACAAUUUUGAAAAUAUCAUAAAUAUCAUUUCGUAGAGUAUCUUUUCAUUAUCUGUAGUGGUACUAAGAUGAUCUAGUGCCAACAUCUGUAUUUUUGUAUCUCAAAAAGUUCUUUCUGUGAAGGCUGUUGAUAGACAAUGUUGGGUUACUUUAAUACUGUGAGGUAAUAUUUGUGAAAGACACUGUAUUCAUUUUCAUACCCACACAAAAAUUGACUCACGGAAGAUUUGAGAAAGACAGCUAUUGCUUCUUGUUUGUUUACAAACCCAAGAAGUGCUUACAUGAGAAACAGUGGUCACGUUAACUCAUUCACCCCUGAAAUUUCAUUAUGAACUAUUCCAACCUUUGAAUCAGAAGAGUUUAAAAAGUGUUUUCAGGGAUGAAUGUGUUAAAGGUGAUGGGGCUAAUGAAUGAUUUUCAAUGUGAAGGAAUCGGUCUUAUGUUUGACUAACUCAUUGCCAAAAUGCUGUUGUUCUUAGCAAAACAAUGCAUAUUAGUGCUAUCUAUUUCAGGAUGUAUGCUACAUUUUUUACAAUGUUGGUUUUCUUUCCUAAAGAGUUCCGCAUGAAGAAAUUAACAAUUCUGGAAAUGGUUUUUUUAAACUUAUUUGUACUUAUUUGAUUACAAGACAAAAAAGAUUGAAAGGUAAAAGCACACAUUGUUUAACAUUCUUCGGUGAUCCUGAAUUCUUACACAGUAUAAUGCUAUUAAAAAAAAUUGGAUGUUUAUCGUACCAGGUGAUCCUGAAGUCUUGCACAGUUAAAUUUACUCCUAUAGAAAUUGAGAAUUUUCAAGGGAGAUAACUCAAUUGCAAAUUGCAGAUUAUAAGAUAGCAUAUGUAUUUCAAACUCAUUCCUGUUUAUCAUACUCAUUCUUUCAUGUUUUUACGAAACUACAGUUCAUGUUACAUAUACGUCAAUCCAUCAAUAGUUUAAAAUUCAAUUUGACAUCGGAAGCUGAAACGUUUGAAAUCAUUAUUUUAAAUCAUUUGAUGUUUUUACCAUUCUUCAAGAUGAAUAAAUCAAGAAACAUAUUUGCCAAAAUGUUGCACAGAUAAUGAAAUGCAAGAAAAGAAUUAAUGUUAAGACAUUUUGUUAAUCAUCUUAAAAAUUUCGAUGAUGGUUAUAUAUCUUUUCAUACCAGUAUAUACAUUUCACAUUACACAAUGAAUUAAAGAAUAAAUCUAUUUGUUCAAAUGUGGACAAAUUAAGUACAAAUACAAUAAAUAGUUGUCAGAAACACAGGGACAAGACUCUAUUCAAAAUUACCAUUAUAUUAAUAAUGUGACUUGCCCUGUGAUCACAAACAUAUUGUAAAUUGUCUUGAUUUUAUUUGUGUGUAU